GCGGUGGGGCUUAGCGUGACCUCGCGGGAGGUCGAUGGAGGCGUGGUCUAGGCGUGGACUCGCGGAGGCGUAUCUCCGGCCGCGGUAUUUCCGGAUCCGCGCCGCUCACGCCGGCGGCUCCGGGCUGAAGUCUGCGGCCUCCCGGCUCCCGGCGUGGACGCCAUGGUGCUGUUCCCGGUUAUCGGGAAGCUGCUGCACAAACGCGUGGUGCUGGCCAGCGCCUCUCCACGCCGCCAGGAGAUCCUCAGCAACGCGACACGGAGUUUCGCUCUGGUUGCCCGGACUGGAGUGCAGUGGUGCAAUCUCGGCUCACUGCAACCUCCACCUCCAGGGUUCAAGCAGUUCUCCUCCUCAGCCUCCCGAGUAGCUGGGAUUACAGGCACCUGCCACCACAACCGGCUAAUUUUUGGGCAGGCUGGUCUCGAUGUCUUGACCUGGUGAUCCACCCGCCUCGGCCUCCCAAAGUGCUGGGAUGACAGGCGUGAGCCACCGUCCCUGGCCAUGGUGUCUGCAUCCCCAUGGCAGGAAGGAGAAGGGAGGAGUACAGACCCCCACCCCGGGCUGGAAGGAUUUCCCUCCAAGUCUGUGUCCCCACACGUGGCCCAGAAUGGCUGCUGUGGCACCGGCCAUUGCGUGAACGUUACUUCUGCUCGAUAGAGCUUUGGAGGGUGGUCAGGGUUCCAUCGGCGCCGGGACGACCCGGCCGCACAGCAGGCAUUUGCUUCCGCGGCGCGCUGGCCCAAGAGCUGGUCCGGGAGAACCCGCAUCUGCAGGUGACCGUGUUCGACCUCCCCGAAACCAUCGAGCUGGCCGCACACUUCCAACCCGCCGGGCCGCAGGCGGCUCAGGUCCGAUUCGCUGCCGGGGCCGGCCUGCUGCUGGUGGAGACACUGCUGGACGAAGAGAAGAGGGAGGCCCGGGUCGCCCUGCUGCAGUCGCUGAACAUGCUGGUGCAGGUGGGGGGCAGGGAGCGGAGCCCGGGCGAGUACCAGCGCUUGCUAGAGCAACACGGCUUCUGCCAGGUGCAGGUGGCACACUUGGGGGGUAUCCUGGAUGCCAUGCUGGCCACCAGAGUGGGUCCCUGAAACCCAGGCAGCGUGCUCAUGAUAGGGACACCCUCCCGCAGGCUGCAGGGGGCCGCCCCAUCCCCAGCUGCCACAGGACAGUCACACAGGAACAUGCAGUCGUGGGUGAAUAAAGAAAGCGAAAGCCUG